UUUAGUAACUUCAUUCACCUUUGUUGAGAAUGGGCGGCUCGUAAGUUGACGUGUUGAGAUUUUAGAUGCGAUAUUGUUUUUAUUUGCGCAGAAGUGUAUUUUGGUGACAAUGUGUUCGGUUUGCGUACUGUUCGUUAAUUUUGUGUGAUUUGCUAAUUAUUGACGGAUGUGAAGUUUAGGACUUGAACUAGUGGAGAUUCGUGUUUUGGCCACCAUGCCGGGUCUUAUUGGUAUCGGUGAAUUCAUUGAGGAAACUCGAGAGGAUUACAGUUCACCUACUACUUCUACGUUUGUUUCCCGUAUGCCACAAUGUCGUCAAACCAUCAGUGCAUUGGAAGAGACGUUGGAUUUCGACCGAGAUGGCCUAACGAAAUUGAAAAAAGCAAUAAAGGCAAUUCAUAACUCUGGAAAUGCACACGUGGACAACGAGAUGUAUCUCUCCCGAGCACUGGAGCGGCUCGGCGGGAACGCGCUUAGCAAAGACUCGGAGCCAGACAUCGGCGCUGCUUUCUUCAAGUUCGCUGUUGUCACUAAAGAACUGUCUGCUCUCAUGAAAACACUAAUGCAAAAUAUAAACAACAUCGUCAUGUUUCCUGUGGAUAGUCUUCUGAAGGGUGACCUCCGAGGUGUUAAGGGUGACCUUAAAAGGCCUUUUGACAAAGCCUCCAAAGACUACGAGUCAAAGUACCUGAAAAUUGAGAAAGAAAAGAAAUCGCAGGCCAAAGAAGCUGGUCUCAUACGAAGUGAAGUGACUCCUGCUGAAAUAGCCGAUGAAAUGGAAAAGGAAAGGAGAUUGUUUCAGUUGCAAAUGUGUGAGUACCUGAUAAAGUUCAACGAGAUAAAGACAAAGAAAGGGAUCGAGCUUCUGCAACAUUUGGUGGAGUAUUAUCACGCACAGACAAAUUACUUCCAAGACGGCCUGAAGACUAUUGAACAUUUUGGUGUUUACGUAGCAGACUUGAGUGUACAACUGCAAAAGAUCAGACAACAGCAAGACGACGAACGACGGAGGUUGCUCGAGCUGAGAAACAUGUUGCGAGCGGCCGCGCCUCAGGAUAGAGAGGUUGUGUCAUCAGUAGGUGGCUACUCGCUCCACCAAAUGCAAGGUGACAAACAACACGGUGUCAGCCGGAGUGGUUACUUGCUCAAGAAAUCUGAAGGCAAGGUGCGUCGCGUGUGGCAGAAGCGUCGAUGCCGGGUCACAGCCGAAGGCUUCCUCGACAUCUUCCACGCAGACGAAAACAAAACACCAGCCAGAGUCAACCUCCUUACCUGUCAAAUUAAAGUCGCCACCGACGAUAAAAGGGCAUUCGAUCUAGUCUCAUAUAACCGAACGUACCAUUUCCAAGCUGAAGAUGAGAAUGAGCAGCGUGCUUGGACGUCGGUCCUCGUGAACUGUAAGGAGGGGGCUCUGAUGAGGGCGUUUCAUCAGCAAGCCGGCGAGAGCAAUGACUCGGGGCAUUCGUUGUUAGACCUACAGCGGUCUAUCAUAAGAGCGGUGCGGUCCAUGCCGGGGAACCAAGUCUGUGCUGACUGCGGAUCUACUAACGAUCCAACAUGGUUAUCAACAAACUUCGGUGUGAUAGUAUGCAUCGAGUGUUCGGGCAGUCACCGUGAGCUUGGCGUGCAUAUAUCUCGCAUACAAUCGUUGACGCUAGACCGGCUGAGUACGUCACAACUGUUGCUGGCGCGGCAUAUGGGCAACCAGAUGUUCAACGAAGUUAUGGAGAGCACUCUCGAUGAGAGAGAUAAGCUUACACCUGAAAGUACUAUGGAAGAGCGUCUCCGCUUCAUCCGCGAGAAGUACGUGUACCGCGCGUGGGCGGCGCGCACCUGCUGCGACGCGGCCGAGCGCCUGUCCGAGGUGGAGCACGCCGUCAACAACGGACAUCUGCAGAACCUGCUGCAGGCCUACGCGGAGGGCGCGGACCUCGCCGCGCCGCUGCCUGGCUCCGAUCUCGGCGAAACGUCACUUCAUUUAGCGAUAUCGCGGGAACUCGGCGACGGUUCCGCGUUACAUAUAGUCGAUUUUCUAGUCCAAAACGGUGGGUCACAGUUGCUAGACAAACCCAACUCUCAGGGUAUGACGGCUUUGCACCUGUGCGCCGCCACCGACAGAACUGAACCAAUGAAGUUGUUACUCAAGGCUGGAGCCGACUCCACUAUAAAGGACGCUAGUGGACGAACUGCGUUACAAAUCGCAAGGCAAUAUGGACACCUAGGCUGUUUAGAAUUGUUGGAAAACGUCGACAAGCGUGAGAAGAGCAUAUUUGAGAACAUCAAUAUAGAUUGGAAUCUAUCACAUGACGACGGCUCCACUGAUUUUUCAGAUGAUGAUACUGUUAUUGAUGAACGACAAAACGGCAGCUUGACUCCCGAGAAGAAGUGUCCCCGCUCCCGGCCGCCGUCGUACCUGGGCGGGUCGGGCCCGGCGCCCGCGCCCGCCGCGGGGGACUCCCCCGUGCUGCGCUCGCGCUCCUCCACCUGCGACUCGCUGCACCACGCGCCGCCCACACCCACCACGCUGCCCAGGAAACCUAACGUCUACAACAUAGGCAGCCUGAAGAAGCGCGCGGCCCCGCUGCCGCCGGGCGUGUCGCUGUCGCAGCCGCCGCACCCGCGCUCCACGCCCUCGCCCUCCGCCGACAGCGCACGCUCGCUGCACGUGGUGGGUGGAGUGGUGAAGCCGCGGCCGCAGCAGCCGCCGCCGACGCCGCCGUUGCACAACGGCGCGCAUCACAGGGACGAACCCACGCCGCCUCCCCGGAAGAAGAAAAAUAGAUUGCACCUGGAAAAGGCUGUGAAAGCGAAACUCAAAAGGGAAUGUUCUAGUCAAGACUCGUCGCUAGAGCUGUGCGACAUGACGGACUCGUGCCUGGACGACAGCCGCCUGCAGUCCGCGCUGUCGUGUGACAGCUCUCGCUCUCGAGAACGUUCGCGACGUAGCGACAGUCGCUCGCUCGACGUGUCCGACACGUCCAGCGUGCACUCACGGUCGCCUUCCGCUUCUAUUACUAUGAUGGGAGGGCUGCGGCGGUGUCGCGCCCUAUACGACUGCUCAGCAGACAACGAAGACGAACUAUCAUUCCGUGAAGGAGAAGUCAUAGUCGUGAUAAACGAACGCACUGAAGACGACAACUGGAUGGAGGGGCAAGUGGAGGGCACGGUGCGGCGCGGAAUGUUCCCCGUCUCCUUCGUACACAUGCUGCCGGACUAGGGAGAGACAGGGACGGACGCCGGCAACAACGAGGCAUAGGUCAGCUCAACGCCAAUGUUCGUAGAAAGCCUAUGUUCAACAUAUAUCGGUAGUACCCACGUAUAAAACGUCAGCAGCAGCAAUGCAAGCUUGACUGUAUUCCUGCUUAUAAAGCUGAACCCAAGGCCAUAAAACUGACAAGUUCAAAGUUUCAGUCAGUAUUGGGAAGUAUAAUAAUAUCAAAUGUCUAUGGAAAUCCGAUGUUACGGAAUUUAAAUACUUGAAAAUGUAUAUUCGUAAAAUUAUAAAAAGCAAAUAUUCGAUAAAAUAGAGUGCGUUAUAUUGAUGAGUCUGACUGAAUGGAUGAUGUGUUCAAAGUACUGCAAAACACCAGCGUGUAUCGAUCUUGUAACAAAUACGAAUUUCAGUAAUCUUUUCCUCUGGAUCACUGGCCUAAGGCUUUUUUCUUUGUAUAGCUACGAGCUUAUUUAUUCUAGUAUUUUAUACAAAGUUCAAUACUCUGCUAUCACUUGUUUAGGUUAUUGUUGUAAUCAAUAUUUUGUUGAAUAUACUGCAAAAAUAAAACAAAGUUUUGUUAGUAUCUGUUACAUACAAAAUAGACUUGAAAUCAUUGCUAGCCGUGAAAAUCAUUAAACUAUUUAUUGGUACUGGUAAUACAGUAUGUUUUGUAUGAAAAAGGAAUAUUUAGAGUUUACUUACUCAGUUCCCGUAGCUAUGCAGAAAAUAAAAAAGAAAUCUAUCCUUGUAAAUAACCGGUCUUAUUUUGUAUGAAACUCAUACAUUAACAUAACUGUCUUUACUAAUAUAUUGUCCAGUAUUAUACUGCUGUUUAAAUCUGUAUAUCGUUGUUAAUAUACACGACUUUAUUACUCAAACAUUUUAACCAUUCCACAUUUGGAUAAUCGUCUGUACACAUGUACUGUCAUUGUUAAAUCAUUUCUUUACAAUAUAGUUACGGCUUUAGCGUCGCUAAGAUUAAAAACACCAAUAUUGUAAGUUAUGCCAGUAGACGGUCCGUCCUGACGCGGAUUUUUAUACUUAUAUUUUAUUUGUGUUCGUCAAACGUAUCAUAUCAAACGUACAUCUUUAUGUAUGUAUCGUGUAUAGUUUUGUAGUAUGUAAUUUGAUUGCUAUGUUUGUAAAGAGUCAAAGCUCAAUUGCUCACUCAUUUAAAAUAAUUCAGAAAUAUUUCUUAGUAAAGUUUGAUGUUGUAUAUUGAGUAAUUCUACUUGUUCGUGUAGAAUGUUGUUAAUCUAGAUUUUAGAUUACAAUGUGACAAAUUUAAACUGCUGCCAGUUUUUCAAUAGGAUGGCAAUUUAAUAGUUUGGUUUGUCAACUUGCGAUAUCUUAGCUUAAAUCUUUAAUCAGGCUUAGUAGCACUUGGAGUCACACAUCAAUAUCAGUUCAGUUUGUAUUUACCCGCAUUAUUUAUUUACAAAAUUAAAACUAUUCAGUUUCGGUAUAGUAUUUUUGUUUGGGUUCCAUAGUACUCACUAAAAAACGAGUUUGAUUAAGUCCGAAAAUUUCAUUGGUAGCAGUCAUGUUGUCAUAAAAAAGCUAAUAUGCCUAAUCCAACUACUGUUUUUGGUGUUUAUUUUCUGUCAAUAAGGUAUCUACUUUACCUUAUAAUCAAUUUGUAAAGUAGUUGCAAUUCGUACAUUGAAAAUUAAACUAUGGAACCAUUUUUUAUCACCAACUCUUAUCGGCAUUAAGCAGUUUACGAUUAAAUUCGAUUAAAAUUGUAAAUGUUUGUAAAUUAUUAAACAUAAUAGUUUUGUAACACCAUUACUUAGCCUCGCGUAGACGAAGCAAUAUGUGUUUACAGCUCAGUUAGAUUUGCCAAAUAUGUAAAUGUGAUGAGUAGAAAGAGAUAGGUUUAUAUGAGCGACAAACUAUCGGACCAGUGACUGUUUGUUGUCUAGUAUGUUCUAGUAGAUGAUAUUGAGGUGUCUUAGAUUGUUGGUGCAUGCUGUCUAUAGAUCGUGCUCUUACUGCGGGACUAUAGGCCGAAAAAUAUUAUACUAUAUGUGUAUAUUCGUAUAUAUAAAAGCGAUUCAUUCGGUAUAUUUAAGCUGAUUCAUCUGCUACCGUUAUUCAAUAUGGACCAAAGAAAUUCUUUAUAGUUUAUAUUCGGAUAUUUUUCGCCUAUGGUCUCCCUAAUGACGAGACACACAGAAAAUUGUUGUUACAUGUUACAUUUUAACACUUUCCACAUUUUAAUAGACGAAAAUAUCUUAAUAAUAGCAAUAGGUAUUCGCGUUUAUAUAACGUCGGUACAUAAUUUAAGAUAUUAAAUGUAUAUUAUUAUAAUCACAUUAUUUUUCCAAUGUUACGAUUUGGGCAGAUACCAUGUACUCACAACUACACAUUCCCAUAUAUUUAUAAUCGUAGUUUUCUGUAUAUUAAGUUCUUAAACAAAUCACGUAUAUUCAUAGGUAGGUAGAUAGUGAUACUGCUAAUACCUUCAUACAAUAUAGUUACCUACAUACCGCGCGCGUUGCCAUACAUUAGUAUUAACUAAAAGUGAGCCAACACACACAUUUUGAUUACCCAAAAUAGACAUAAUUUUAGAAUUGUAAAUUAUAUUUUAUUAUCAAUCGUUGCGUGCAGUCUCACAUUUGAUUCGCAUGAUACUAAAUAGGUACCAAGUUACUUCCUCAGGAAGAAACUUACCGAAGGAAUCUUUGUAUAAAUGUGAUUGUUAAAAUCGGUUGCCAUGAAUGAAUUUUGCAUGUAGUAAAGCAACACUGCAGAUGUGUAAAUAUAAUAUUUUACCUAUUAGUUCGUAAAUAUGCAAAAGAAUUAUAAGUUAUAUAAUUAUUUCUAGAUAUUAUUUAAGAAUAUACUGAAACAUGUUUUAUGUUCGUCUUGCGUAUAAAAUGUAUUUAUUUGAUAAUAUAUUGUGAAAUCUUAUUGUGAUGAAAUAUUUUAAUGCCAUUUUAGCCUGUCAGUACGUUACUUAUUAAAAGUUAUGUAACCAAAUGAUGCUAAUAGAGUGUAAGAUGUUUUAUUCUUUAUGGUCAAGUUGUAGUUGAAAUCGUUUUUUCUAUUGUGUAUUAUGUGAACAAAAUCUGUAUGAAUUUAUUAAUACAUCACUUGGAUGUCUA